CAUUGAAAAGACACGUCAGUCGGCGGCCUGGCAAUAACUCAGCAAAAACUGCAGCUGACACGCACCAAUUUCUCUCCAUUCAUUAUUAGGAUCUUUGCAGUGCAACUCCAGCUUACGUUCAACGCGUAGUUUCCGUAUAAACAAUCCAGUGAGAAUCGAAUUCAAUCCAUCCACCAUGUCUGACGAUUUCGAUGGCUGCGAGUGCGUUUGGUCGCACGAAUUCGCCAUGCAGCGUCUGAUAAACUUUAUUCGUCAAAACCAGAACACAUGCACAGACACAGAGUGCAUCGACGUUAGCGGACGCUUGCAGCCGACUGGAUCGGGGACAGCUGAUAGCAAUGGCUUCCUCAUCGCUAUGAUCUUCAUGAUACUGGCCAUGUUCAUGUACAUUGUAAAUCCGGGCACCUGGGGCCGUCUCGGUCUGAGGAGCAACACCAAGAACCCUCGCCGUGACAACAACCAGGAUGGAGCUCCGCCUCCACCCCAGCCGCCGCCACCGGCCAUCAACUAGAGGGCCGCUCGGUACGCUACGCUGCUGAACACCUAAACAAUUUGCAUUUUUUGGUUUUAUCAUUACGAGCAGUUAGACAAAGGACACAACACACACAAACACCCACAAAAGAUUCCAGAACAGGGAGAUCCGUUCAAAUACGUAAUAUCAAUUCGAUUUGGCCUAGUUCAUGGGAUCAGACAAAGAUUAGAUCAAUUAAACAAUACAGCAGCCCA